AUGGACGUCCAGUACAUGGCACAGUCUCCUUUGCCUGAUGAGAACUUGCUAGUGCGUAUUGACAGAUCACUCUCGAUCUUUCAUGAAAAUAAAGACAUUAUCCUCUCCCUAGGCGCUCGGAUGGGCACGAAGAAGCCUAUCGACAAUUUGUUCAUACCCAAGCUCGAACUUAUGCAGAGCAUUACUGCCAGCUCACGCAAAGUUGGUGCCCUCAUCCAAUGGUCUGCAGACACCACUGAGCAUGCCCACAUAUCCAAAAUCAAGGACCCUGUGCGGCACACCAAUAACAACGACUAUGAUCCUCAAAUCUGUCCACUGAAGAGUUCUUGCGCUCAUUCCAACUCGGAAGAAUUCCUUGAGAAUGAGGUGGAUGAAGAAGACGAUGAAGAUUGUGAUGAACUGACGGACCCACGAACUGCGCUCUUGGAAGAGCUGAACCAUACGUGCAUCACUACCAAAUACUUUAGCAAAGCAAGGCAAUUGGUUGCCACGAGGCGUGAUAAUAUUCCUCACCCUCCCCGGACAUUUGUUGCUGCCUCCACCACUAUCCAUCUUAAUUUUUUCCCUACUCAUACUGGGCUGAAAAUUGACGAGGUCACUGAUGAUUUUAACAUACCAGAUUUACGCCAGGUUCUUUCCGACUUCUUGCAAUGUAACACGAGGAAUGGAGAAGCAGGUCAUGGAUUGGGAGUUCCAAGAAGAUCACUAAUCGACCGUCCCUUGACUCUUCCUUUUGAACAUAUUCAAGUAUGGCAUGUUGUUUGUUUGCAACAAGUUUCUUUCCACAAUGCCAGUGUUAUUCUGCCCGCACAGACUGUGCAUGCCUCCCCCCCAUCUCCUAUCAGUGGGUGGCCAAAAGGCCAAUGGGAUGCUGUCCUCAUCAAUGUUGAUCAAGCCUAUGAUUGGCCCAAAUCAGGGUUGAUGGAGCCUCCUGAGACGCACCCUGAUGCACCACACCAGCAUACUGAUACUAGCUCCUACCAGACACCACUCUGCAGCACACUGUCUAAUUCAGAGUCAUCUUGCAAACUGCCAAUGGCAACCACCUCAUUGUUCAAACUUCCUGAGGAUGCCACAUCAUUUGACCUUUACCUUUGUGGGGCUUCACUUAGCUCUGCAGGUUUUCCACCUAUAGGCGGACGCACCGUUAGUACUGUCAAAGGUCUUCUGAGAUCAGAGCUUGAUGGCAAAGUUAUUGACGAGUCUAAUCUUAAGAAGAUGAAAUUCACUGAUUCCAUCUUUUGUGAGCUCAUCCGAACAUCCUCCCUUCAGUUACAACACAUCAACAAGAUCAAGUACCAUAAAAAGGAUGGUUCAUCAGUAUACACCCAAAAAAAGUGGAAUUUCAACUGGAGGAAAAAGAGCAAGACGAAGGACCCAGAGAGCAUUGAUACAGAUGCCACUGACUUGAUUGACUCGGAUGAAGAAGUUGAGGGUUUGGAUUCUCAUGGUUCAACAAUCUUUUCCCAAGGGACUGAUGGCACCUGGAGUGACGACGAAUACAAGGGCAGUGAAAAUACAGGAUCAAAGAGGAAACGAAAGAAGCGUUUGACAGAGAGAGACUUACAGUACCUAUUCCAUGCCAUUCAGUGGGCCCUGCGCAAUCGAAGCGGAUACCCAAUGAAACUUCCCUUUGAGAUUUCGCCUAUUGAGCGGUACUGGUCUGCAGAGUUUGCCAACUCUCCCAUACAAGACCCAUACAAUGCUCAGAAGCCGGAUGUAGCCCUGUUCUAUUACAAGAACAAACAUCGGGAAAAAACAUGGGCUGACGUCUUGAGCUUCAUGGAACACACUUCUAGCAACCUCACUGUAAUGCAUGACUUAGCGGUGUAUUGGAGAUCUGCCACCAAAGCGUACCUCAUCAUGCAAGAGCAACCCUGGCGUUGUUUCGUUCUUGCUUACUCUAUUUGCACAGAUGACCUUCAUGCCCAUUAUUUUGACUGCUUGGGGCUCAUCAUAUCCCUUCCGACCCCAAUCCAUAAAUUUCCCAUAUGUGUUACUGAGGCAGUAGCCACAACUGCAUUAGCCGACCCGCAGUACUUGGGCCUCAACCCAACCAUCCAUAUGUGCAUCCCUGAUUGUCAGGGUACUCAUCCCUCUCUCGCUGUGGGGGCAAAAGGAUGGGUAAUUAACAACAGCGGUAAAACUUACUUGAUCAUGGACACUUUAUGGAAAAGUCAGGGUUUUUUCUGUCACAGGACUGUUUGUUAUUGUAUCAGAGAUCCUACCAACCCAGACGGGAAGGAUUAUGUGAUGAAGGACUGCUGGGUGCCUGAGGCAAAGAGGUAUCAUGAAGUGGAUGUCCUUGAGCGCGUCAAGGGCAUUCCGAAUGUCAUUGAACUCAUGGAUCAUUGGGAUGUCAUGUGCAAUGGGGAGCCCGACUGCACAGCGUGGAUUCAUAAUCGCUACCAGCAGUUCAACCCAGAGGAUAGGGAUGAUCACAGGUUCUGCAAUCAAUUUCACUGGCGGAUUGUCAUGACCCCUUGUGGAGAGCUGCUGUCAGAUUUCAGCUCUAGAAAGGAGCUGAUCUGUGCUUUUCGUGACUUUGUCGUUGCUCAUAGACUCAUGGUCAAACGUGGAAUUCUACAUGGGGACCUCAGCCCGAACAAUUUCAUCAUCUAUGAGGGUAUCGGGUACUUCAUUGAUUUCUAUCAUGCUGGAUUUAUAGAGAAAGGCAAGGCCUCUACGAUUUCAUUUGGCACUGGGAUCAUCCUGUACAUCUCUAUGCAUGUCCUCAAGAUGAUGUGCAGGAAUGCUGAGACCAUGAAAAAGACUGCUGACGCUAAUCAGCUGCACCCAAUCAAACACCACGUGUGUGAUGACCUCGAGUCCAUGUUUUACAUCUUUUUCGAAUAUGUUGCCAAGUAUGGGGGGCACAUGGCAUACUCGCACUGA